AUGGAUAGUGUUCACAGAGUUCGCGAACCAAAAACAAAAUCCAACAGCUUUAAAUCUGCAAGAUCUUCAAGCAAGUCAUCAAGUGUGGCAUCUCUCCUCGGACGACAACGAGCUAAGCGAGAAGCAGCCAAAGUAAAACUUAUGUUUGCAGAACAAGAAGCUAUGUUAAAGGCAAAGAUGGACGUUCUGUCAGUCAGAAAAGAAGCUGCUGUAGCCGAUGCGGAGUACCUUGGAAUGAAAGAGGAAUUAGAUCUCUGGGAUGAAGACUCCGUGUGUGAUGAUAACAACAACAGUGAUAUUCUCACCAAAUACUUUUGUUCUCAACUUAUGGAGAAUGACAACACCGACACACAAACAGGAAGUGUUCCUCCUGUGUUCAGUGUACAACAGCGUUCUAACAACACCGACACACAAACAGGAAGUGUUCCUCCUGUGUUCAGUGUACAACAGCGUUCUAACAAUACCGACACACAAACAGGAAGUGUUCCUCCUGUGUUCAGUGUACAACAGCACACUUACACCAAGACUGGUGCAACUACUAAGACGUGUACUAAGCGUGAAGAUCAAGUUAGGCCAUCCACAGAACCAACUCGACCACCAAUCACAAGUUCGUUAAACGCAUAUGCUCCUACCUUUCAGCCAACAAACCACAGUAGCCCUGCACAGCCGAAACUAUCACAAGUAAAAUCAUCACAACCAGCAUCAUCGCAGCCAUCACAACCUUCACAGCCGGAAGCACCACAACCUGCAUUACUCAGCGAGUUUGCUAACUACAUAAAUAAGAAAGAUCUUCUGCGUUGGUCAUUGGUCACCUUUGAUGAUCGUCCUGAAACUUAUCAGUCAUGGAAGGAUAGCUUUGAGGUACUUACCCAAGAAUUGAAUGCCAAUCCAAGAGAAGAACUGAAUUUACUGAUCCACUACCUGGGACCUGACUCUAGAAAACAUGCUGUGAGCAUACGAACUGCUAAUCUCAAAAACCCACAGAAAGCUCUGGAGAAGUUGUGGAGUCGCUUGGAUGACCGAUAUGGAAGCCCAGUCCUACUUGAAUCAUCUAUAAAAUCAAGAUUGUCAGAAUUCCCAAAAUUGACCGGUAAGGACAGCAAGAAACUAUUUGAAUUGGCAGAUUUGUUAAGUGAAGUGCAGCUGCGGAUGGAGGAUCCUACCCUCAACCGAUCCCUUGCAUAUCUAGAUUCGUCCACUGGCAUGCGCCCAAUUGUUGCAAAACUUCCAAUUAACUUACAGGAGAGGUGGACGACACGUGCAACCAAUUACAAUUUACAAAACGGGGUGACAUACCCACCAUUUACCUACCUUGUACAAUUCGUGACUGAAAUGAGCCGUAUCCGUAAUGAUCCCAGCUUUAAUUAUCAAGCAACAUGCGAAACCAGUACCAACUGUUCAAAUCGUUCAAACUUUGUGAAUGAUUUCCGACACAGAGACUCUUUUAAGAAAAACAAUGUUCAGGUUAAGAAAACAGCUGUAAACACAUCGCAAGAAGAUUCCAAUAUCAACAUGGGAAACAACUGUUUUUUACACGUGUCCCGGCAUAAGCUCAAUCAGUGUAAGACAUUCCAAAAGCUGACUCUUAACGAACGUAAGAAACUUCUGAAAGACUACAACUUCUGUUUUAAAUGUUGUGAUUCAACCACACACACUUAUACAGGUUGUAGUGCAUUUGUGAAAUGUGAUAUUUGUGGAAACAGAAAUCAUCCUGCAGCACUACACGUCAGUGACAUGUCCACCAAGAGACCAGGUGUUACACGUAGGUCACAUUAUGGCGGGGAGGAAUCCAACAAGUCAGACUGUACACCCAGAUCACAUUAUGACGGGGAGGAAUCCAGGACUAACCUGAGUUCAUGUUGUACAGAACUGUGUGGCAAAGACUUUACAGGGAGGUCUUGUUCCAAGACUAUUCUAGUCAGAGUAUAUCCCGUGAAUCAGCCUGAAAAAUCACUGAGUGUAUACGCAUUGAUAGACGAUCAGAGUACCCAUACACUUGCCAGAACUGAAUUGUUUGAUGCUUUAGAUAUUCCAAUGUCUUCAGUUACAACAUACUCGUUGAAGUCAUGUGCCGGCACCUUUCAACGAAGUGGGAGGCAGGCUUCUGGACUAGUGGUGGAGUCAAACAAUGGUUCCUGUAGAUUACUGCUGCCACGGGUUACAGAGUGCGAACAAAUUCCAGAGGAGGAAAGUGAAAUUCCAACACCAGAUAUUGUUAAAUUUCAUUCACACCUUAGUGGGGUAGAUAUUCCUCCGCUUAACCAAAAAGCACAAGUUCUACUGUUGAUUGGUCGAGAUCUACCAGAGGCUCACCACAUUGAAGAUCAACGUACAGGACCACGAGGAACUCCUUUUGCCCAGAAGCUAGCCCUGGGAUGGGUUCUCAUCGGAAACGUUUGUCUUGGAAACCUCCAUCCACCUGCUAGUGUGAACGUCUUGAAGACGACUGUGCAUCAAAGUGGCAGAGUUAGUGUAUUUGACAAAUGUGAAUACAAUAUAUCACUCAAAUUAGAUGAUGAUCCCAUUUUCAGACGCCAAGCAAACGACAAUGAUUUAGGACAAUCUAUUGAAGAUAACCAAUUCAUUGAACUGAUGGAUGAAGCCUUCACCAAAAAUUCAACCGGAAAUUGGACUGCUCCGCUACCUUUCCGGGAAACCAGAGAAAUCUUGCCAAACAACAGAUCAAUGGCAUUGAAACGAGCACUCAUGCUUCAAGGGAGCCUUCGUCGGAACACAACAAAACAAGAACACUUUGUGAGUUUCAUGCAGGGCAUCUUUGACUCUGGUCAUGCCGAGAUUGCGCCUCCUGUUCAACCCGGACAGGAGUGCUGGUACUUGCCCAUAUUUGGGGUGUACCACCCUAAGAAGAAGGACAAAAUACGAGUGGUAUUCGACUCUUCCUGCAAACACGAUGGCAUUUCCUUGAAUGAUGUGUUGAUGUUGGGACCAGACUUAAUGAAUCGUCUUGAUGGAGUGCUCAUGAGAUUCAGGAAGGAGCCCAUAGCCGUGAUUGCAGACAUUCAGCAAAUGUUUUUCUGUUUUCGUGUGGCAGAACCUCACCGAGAUUACCUCCGUUUCUUCUGGCAUCAGAACAACGACCCAGCGCAAGAACUUCUAGAGUACCGAAUGUGCGUUCAUGUGUUUGGCAACAGACCCUCCCCAGCAGUUGCCACAUACGGCCUUCGACGUUGUGUAAGAGAUGACUGUAGUGAAGUGGUGAAACAGUUUGUUACCAGAAAUUUUUACAUUGAUGAUGGUUUGGCAUCAUUUCCCAGUGUGAGUGAAGCAGUUAAUGUUCUAAAGCAAACACAGAAGACACUCCUGGAAGGUGGAAAUUUGAAACUCCACAAGAUUGCAUCGAAUAGUGAAGAAGUCAUGCAACAGUUUUCAACUGCAGAUCUAGCAAAAUCCAUGGAACAGCUUGAUCUAGAUCGAGAUGAUCUGCCUAUACACCACAGCUUAGGUUUGAGUUGGGACCUUGCUACAGAUACCUUCAUCUACAAAGCCUCGGAGGAGCUGAAGCCAUUCACCAAGAGAGGAUUGCUGUCAACUGUAAAUGGUUUAUUUGAUCCACUCGGCUUCAUUGCGCCCAUUAUUCUAAAUGGACGAUUCAUCAUGAGACAAGCUUUCACUGGGAUUGAAAGUUGGGAUGAUCCCUUACCUACAACUAUCAUGGGUGCAUGGAAACUUUGGUUAGAACAACUCAAAAGACUUAAUGGUGUGCAUAUUCCACGGUGGCUACUUUCUGUAUCAUACCAAAUGUGCGUCCACAAGACACUUCACAUCUUUUGCGAUGCCUCUGAAAAGGCAGUGAGUGCCUGUGCCUACCUUCGGGGUGUGACUUCAGAGAAGAUAUCCGUAGGUUUCGUAUUUGGGAAAUGUAAAGUUGCACCAAAAAGUGGACAUACGAUUCCAAGAUUGGAGCUUUGUGCGGCAGUCCUAGCUGUAGAGCUUGGGGAGAUGCUAUCUAGGGAGCUCGACCUUCCUUUAGAGGACAUCAAGUAUUACUCUGACAGCAAAGUGGUACUGGGGUAUCUAUCCAAUGAACGCAGACGGUUCUAUGUUUAUGUAUGCAACCGUGUAUCCAGGAUACGAAAGAGUUCCUCUCCACAUCAGUGGAAUUAUGUAGCUACAGAAGAAAACCCGGCGGACCAGGGAACUCGUGGACUUUUGCCAGAACAACUUUGUGAUAGUUUAUGGUUAAAUGGGCCAGACUUCCUCAGAGGAAACUUAAGAAAUCCCAAUAAUGAGAAGUUCUCUUUGGUAGAUCCAGAUAAAGAUACAGAGAUACGGGCAGAGAUAGUGACUCUAAAGACCAUAUCAUCCAAGUCAACUUUAGGCAUUUCUCGCUUUAACCGCUUUGGGAGUUGGUCGAGUCUAGUGCGUGCCAUAACACUUAUCAAGAGAAGACUCAGUAAGAAAGGAAAUGAAAUAUCUCGUCUAGAUUCAGAAUUGUUGAUCAUCAAAGAGACUCAAAAACAGUUUUAUCAGAAAGAAAUAAAUGCAUUACAUGCUGGUAGACCACUGCCAAGAGACAGCACAAUUCUAGCUUUGUCUCCAUACCUUGAUGAUGGCUUGCUGCGAGUUGGUGGACGUAUCAAUUUAUGUGACUUGCCUGUCUGUGAAAAGACACCUAUCCUGAUACCUGGCCAGAGUCAUAUCGCUCGGCUAUUAGUUCGCCAUCAUCAUGAGAAAAUUUACCAUCAAGGGCGUCAUCUUACAGAAGGUGCUAUAAGGAGUGAAGGACUAUGGAUUACUGGAGGGAAACGCCUAGUGUCAUCUAUCAUUCAUCAUUGUGUUACGUGCCGCAAGAUGAGAGGAAAGCCACUUAAUCAGAAGAUGGCAGAUCUUCCUAAAGACCGACUCACAAAGUCACCACCCUUCACCUUUGUAGGGGUAGAUGUGUUUGGACCCUGGACUAUCAUCACAAGACGUACAAGAGGGGGCAGCGCACAUUCAAAACGCUGGGCUGUAUUAUUCACUUGUCUGUACAGCAGAGCGGUCCACAUUGAGGUCAUUGAGGAAAUGACCUCUUCCUCAUUCAUUAACGCCAUGAGACGGUUCAUUGCAAUGCGUGGUGCAGUUUCAGAAUUUAGAUCAGAUAGAGGAACAAACUUUGUGGGGGCUGCUUCAGAGUUAAACAUGAACAUAGUGAAUGUCGAAGACAGCAGAAUGAGGGCAUUUCUGGAGGACAAGCGCAUUGUCUGGAAGUUUAAUCCUCCGCAUGCAUCACAUUUUGGCGGCAGUUGGGAAAGGAUGAUCGGCAUUGCGCGUCGCAUCCUUGACGCAAUGCUUAUGGAUACCAAACACGGGAAACUGACACAUGAGGUGUUGACGACCUUUAUGGCAGAGGUCAUGGCUAUAAUGAAUUCAAGACCAUUAGUACCUGUAUCCGGUGAUGUUGAAGCACCAUUCAUCCUAUCACCGCAGAUGCUGCUGACACAAAAGACCCAGGAAGUACCUACUGAAUUUAAAGAUCUUGAUGUGAAAGACAUGUACCGCAGUCAAUGGAAAAUGGUCCAGGUCAUGGCGAACACCUUCUGGAAGCGCUGGAAAAGUGAGUUCCUUUCCACCCUGCAGCCUCGUCAGAAGUGGCUAGUUUCGACAGACAACCUUAAAGAAGGAGAUGUUGUUUUACUCCACGACAAAGAAAGUGCACGUACUGAUUGGCCAGUUGGUGUCGUGAACCGCAUAUUCCCGAGUAACUCUGAUGGUCUGGUACGUAAAAUCGAAGUGCGUAUUCUUAAGGAUGGAAAGCCAUGCCUUUACAUCAGACCGGCGACGGAAGUGAUUUCAUUGCUGACAGUGUGA